GAGCUCGCCGACUGCGCACGAAGCCUCUCGAUGCUGUCACCUACUGCGCAUCUAAACUUAAAUCUGUUUUUUGAUUGACAGUUCCCAUCGACUGGUGCGCUGCGCAUGGCUAUAAUUCUCGUCCUAUGAUGCUCCUGGAUUUUUGAGCCAAAACAAUAAAUUCCUGCCAAUUUGAAUCGGGAUUUUUCGCGCGUUCCUCCUCCCGCGGUCCUCGUGCUCUCGUCGUCGUCCUCGAAUUCGCGGUCGUGACCCGGCGUCGGCCGGAAUUGAUCGGUUGUGAUUGCAAAAUCCGCGCGCGGUUUUUACGAUUUGUUUUCGGAUCCCUCCAGGAUUUCAGUGCGGUGAUCAUGAUCGUUUUCUGAUAGUUCUCGCUCGGUUCUGUGUACGACUCAACCUCACCUCCAAGGAUUUCGUCUGGAUCCCGACCCACGUGUCGCCUACGGUGUUUGUGUUUAUUACCCUUUAUCACCUAUCAAAUCAAUCAGCAAUGCUUUUACCCGCGCGAUUCCUCAAACAUGCGUAAUUCCAAGCAUCCGGGCUUUUUAAAGCCCCAUGGACCGGCUUUUUACUUAAAAUUAAUUUAUUCAAUUAAUUCAUCUCAGUCUUAGCCGGAAUCAUAACCUCCAAUUCAAAUCUCUCCGUGGCAAUUUGCUCUCAAUUUAUUUUAGCAAUAAAUAAAUUGGUCCCAAGAAAUAUCCCAAAUUAGUCCGUAGCUCAUUACGAGAAAUUUUGGCGAUUGCUUUAGAUAAGUCAAUAGUCCAAUACUUUUUCACAUUGUGUUGCCAAAGUCUGUGAUCCGUGUGUGGAAUAAGUCUUCUGAGCUAGUUCACUUUUAGUUUAUGAAAAUGAUAAGUUUAGUGCGCGUAUCGUGAUUCGGAUUCCGUUCAAUUCGAUCAUUAAAUUGUGAAUCUUUUGUUAGGGCAGUGCUUUUUUUAUAAUAUAUUUUCUAAUAAUUCAAAGUGCUAGUGUGUUAAAUAAAUCUCAAUAUGGCUCAACCGAGGUACGAUGAAAGUGGACUACACGGGUAUAUGGAUUCGCCGGACGUGGCCGGUGGAAUGUACGAUGCCCACCGGCCGGGGGGUCCCCUCCAAGGGAUGACGCCCUCCCACGUUAAUCACUCUAUAGGCGGAGGCAUGUUCCAACCUUCGAAUCAUGUUGUUAAUCCUGUUAUAUCUGAUGCUCAUAAAAGGGAUAAAGUCGCUAUUUACGGGCACCCGUUAUUUCCGUUAUUAACUUUAAUUUUUGAAAAGUGUGAACUAGCAACUUGUACGCCACGUGACCCCGGUGUGGCAGGUGGUGACGUAUGUUCCUCAGAAUCGUUUACAGAAGAUGUCGCCAUUUUUUCUAAACAGAUUCGACAAGAAAACCCUUAUUAUAUAGCCGAUCAAGAAGUAGACUCAUUAAUGGUGCAAGCUAUCCAAGUAUUGAGAUUUCAUUUAUUAGAAUUAGAAAAGGUUCAUGAAUUAUGUGACAAUUUUUGUCACCGAUACAUAAGCUGUUUGAAGGGAAAAAUGCCAAUAGAUCUAGUUAUAGACGAGCGGGAUACGUCGAAACCUUUACCAGAGCUCGGUGGUAGCACAAAUGGUAACGACGGAAGGAGUAAUGCAGAUUCUACCUCACAUACGGACGGAGCCAGUACGCCUGAUGUGAGGCCACCUUCUUCGUCCCUCUCCUACGGUGGGCACGUUAACGACGACGUUAGGUCGCCCGGAUCAGGGGGCACGCCCGGUCCCUUAUCUCAACAACCUCCUCCUAGUCUAGACCACAGCGAUCCAGAUGCAAUUGUAAAAUGGUGUCCUCGACGAGAGUGGUCGUCGCCGACAGAGGCCCGAGCGUCUGAAGCCGCCCGAAGAGGUGUCCUAUAUUCCUCUGUGUUCCUUGGUAGUCCGGGAGAAUACAAUUCCUGUGAUGCUAGUAAUGCGAGUAUUGGUAGUGGUGAAGGGACUGGUGAAGAAGACGACGAUACGAACGGGAAGAAAAACCAGAAAAAGCGGGGUAUAUUUCCAAAAGUUGCCACUAACAUCCUAAGAGCGUGGUUAUUUCAACAUCUAACGCACCCCUAUCCAUCGGAAGACCAGAAAAAACAAUUAGCUCAAGAUACAGGACUAACGAUUCUGCAAGUUAAUAAUUGGUUCAUCAAUGCGAGGCGAAGGAUCGUUCAACCAAUGAUUGACCAGUCAAACCGAGCCGUAUUUUCACCGCAUGCAGGCCCAAGCGGAGCGUACAGUCCGGACGCAGCUAUGGGUUACAUGAUGGACGGGAGCGCUCAAAUGAUGGCCGCUCACAGGGCGCCAGGAGACCCGCCUUUCCACGGCGAAUACCACUACCCGGCUCAAUACUAUGGUCAUCAUCUGUAGAUCAAUCCGUAUUCGGAUAUUCUGAUAAGAACCAACGAUUUGGAAAUACCUCACAACGGUGCUCCUAAUAUGGGUGAUACGUUAACAUUUUAACGCCAUUGUCAAGAGAAAGAAGAAUCAAUGCGGUCGCGCUGCGUUGACAACGUUAUGGGACUAAUUUUAUCACUCGUAAUGAUCAAGCCUGUACCAUGUAUCUCGACUCUCAGUUCGUUCCAAUACUUUGAAAUGAAUACGUUUUCAACUACCUACAUUCACAUUCAUGCACAUAAGUGACUGUCACUCUUUUUGCUAGUUUAAAUAGGUAUCUGCAUACCGCAAAAUUGUGGUGUAGAUCAAAAGUAACGUCUUCUUUGCAAUAUUCAGUGUAAAAAUUUUAAGAAUCAGUUAUUGCUGGUUUGGAAAAAGGUUGUGUUACUUCGAAAUCUGAUAGGAUUGAUUUCUCCACUUUUUUAUAUUUUUCAAGUCCUUCUGUGUAAGAAACGGUACCAAUUAUUGCCCUAUACGUUUUAUCACUUGCUUUUCCCCCCGUGUUGUAAUUACAAACAUGUUUUCUGUACCUUUUAACAGUUUAUCAAUUAAAUAUGAAUAAUAUCAAUAUUUCUCUUCGCAAAAUGACUCUUGGAAGCCAGCGGGCGUAACUGAUAAUUGUGCAUUUGAUGGUGGCAAAAUAUAUGAUAAACGAUAAAAAAAGGAUUAAAAUCUACUUAAGAUGAAAAAUCAUACUGGAAGACGCAAAUAUUGGUCAAUUUUUUGACAAUUCGAACCUUUUUGUUACAAUUUUUUGGAAAAGAAAAAAGAGAAUAUUUUUGUCAAAACAAAACGCUUUAAUUUGUCUCCUAAUACUUUUCAAUUUUGGUGCAACACAAUUGCAACUUAAAUCUUUUUACCGAAAAAAACUUUAAACAAUGCUAAUACAUAUGUAAUUCCAUCCAAAGUAAAGAUACUAGAUUGAAUUUUGAUGUCACAAUUCUAACGAUUGAUUUUUAAAUUCGCCCUGAAGCACGUUGAACUUUAUAAAUUACGCCCCUACUGUGUAUUUUCAUAUAUUAUUAAAAUAAUGCAAGGUAUUAACCUUAACCGGUGAGUUAACAGUAUUUGGAGCAGCUCCUAUGACAUUACCUUAAGAGGGAAGGGGGCUUUCAUACAGACCAUGUAACGCCUUUGAAUCUAUUUUCAAAGUUAUCUUAACCUAUUAUCUCACAUUAUUUACAAUCUUACAAUACAGUUAGAUUUUGUUGAACUAUUUUGUGUGGUGGAAUCUCUUUUGGUAUUAUUGAGGUUAAUUCUCGGCGAAUUGAAUCAUCCACUGUAAUUUUAGUCUACCAAUGAUUUUCAAGAUAUUGUCUUAAGACUCAGAAACAUUGAAUGAGCUUACAAAUGUAUACGAAUUAUAUGUAAAAUUAUUUCUAAGAAUUCUUUCAGCUAAUUUAGCCAAAAAAUAAUAUGAUACGAAUAAAAAGUAUACGGUACCUCCAGUGAAAAGCUACAUAGCAGUAGCUCAAAAUAUGAGGCUUUCAUAGUCCUAUGUUUAGGGUAAGAAAACGACUGAUGUUGUGGUAGGAAUGCCUGACAAAUACUACACAUAAGCAGCUAUAUUUUUGCAAGGUACAUGGAAAGUGGGGACUUCUUUGUUUAUUUCUUACACUUGUGUCUAUCAAGUCAUUGUAUCAUUAUUCAAGUUUCAGGAGUGACUAAAUAAUUAUUUUUGUACGCCACAGAACUUUUUCGGACUUAAAACAUGUUGAAUCUGGUUUACUGUAUUUCAAAUUUCAUAAGUAGGAAGCCACUUUUUAUGUUGAUAGACGACUGGACGCCAGCUCACUGAGACAAUGUCAGCUGUGUCAAAAUGUGGGUUUUAAAUGUAAGAAAUCUUUUGUAAUCAUUUGUGAUCAGUUUAUUUUUGUUCAAAAUUGUUACCUGGAAUAUAGGGAUCAUGAAUGUAGUGUCACUAUUUCGACGGAAUGGAGACACUUACGCUUGAAGUCUUCCUUGACAACAUUCUGAAUUCUUCCUAUCAACAAUUCGAAACAGUUAUUGGAGCUCCAUAAAAAAAUUCAUUCUACACAUUUAUCUCGCAACAUGAGGUAACCUAGCGUAUACUUUAAGUUAUUAACAUAAUGUUUUGAUUGGUUCAUGUAGUUUGGGAAAUCAGUAGCAUCAUCAAAAAUGCGAAUUACGAAAAUUGCCUCGUCUCUACAUAAUUUCCUUCUUCUUUUUCGUAGAAUGAAACCUCAUGUACAAAUGCUUUGUCUCCAGUCGACACCUGUAAUAAGUACUCAUUAUUGGAAGUCAUGCAUACAGCAAAAUAAAUAAAUUUACCCAUAGAUUUAACAUAUCUAUAAUAGAAACGUGGCAAGCAUAUAAAGUAUCACUAGCAGCCUUCCAUAAAUCCUCAAUUUAUAUCGAGAUUUUUUCAUAAACGAGUGUAAAAUUGAGUGACUGAACUGAGGAGUUAGGACAAGAGCAAUUUCAACCUAGAUUUCUGAUUGAGGAAUUCGUAGAAUUACGUGUGACAUUUUAUGCACGUAUAACACUCGUAGGGGUCAAUUUUUUUUAACGGAAUUGGCUUGUAUCACUCUAAAGUUACUGAUAGCUGUCCCUUUAGAACUGAAGGACCAAUCAAAAAUCCAUGUAUCCCCUUUAAGCUAGGAAUAUUAAACUCCUCUUCGCUACAACGCAUUAUAAAAGAUAACUUCGAUUUGAUGCCGUCCACUUAUAGCUCCAAACGAUGCAUGAUACAAUUCUUUGACCUUAUUAUUUUAGAGCUCAAAAUCUUCAAGACUACAGGAGUUUCAGUGAUUUGUUGAAGGACCAAAAAGAAAGGAAAUAAAUGAAUGAACAAAGCCCAGCAAUUUGAAAAUGACCAGGGUCCACUAGAAAGGGAGACAGUCAUAUUAUAAUGUAAGAAAUACCCAAUCAAUGAAAAUGAGUAUACCUUUAAAUUUCUGUUCUUUCAAAGUUUAAUAUAUUGAAGACGAUCUCCUCCCUAGAAUUUUUUUAGUGAUAUUAGAUUGUAUAUUUUUGUAAAUGACGAUGUAUAAAGAAAAUUGAAAAUAAAAAUGCAAAUGUAUAAUCUACACCGUGAGUGAGUAGACCGUUUUGUUUUCGAAUUCAACCGGUACACGUUGCGUCUAUUUGAUCUCUGACAUUAUCAAUUUAUAUACUUAUCUUAUACAUUGUACUUGCAGCACGUGUCUCUUUUGAAUUCUCGCAAAGGUGACCUCUCUCGAGAAAGACUUAUUAGCAAGCUUAUAGAAUAAGAAGUGGAAAAUCAUUAGACGAAGAGUGGAAUAAGGGUUUAGAGGAGAAAUCAUCUACUUAUGUUCUUCUUUGAAUCUUACCUCACACUUUUGCUUCAAGUGACAAUUCUAUUAUUGCGAAUAUACACUUACACGCCGCACAUUUCGUGCAAAAUCCAAAAAUUCACCAAGAGUAUCUCUUUCUAAUUUUCUUCUCGUUCGUUUUAUCCAUGAAGCGGAACCGAAGUGCGCAGAAAGAGAGAAAAGUGAAUCAGGAAUUUUUUGGUUCCUCCUAACCUUUUGUUUUCGAGAUAAAACUUAAGAGUAAUGUCUAGCUACAACUUGUAAACUUGAUACUAAAAAAAGGAAAAAUUUGAAAUUUCAUGACGUCAAAAUUGUGUGACCAUACAUUAUUUAUAGCGAGUAUUUUUCACGCCGUAAUAUUAUUGUCGUGACUUGAGAUUUGAUGCAAGACUUAGGACCAACAUAAUGUAGGUUAAGAAUGUAAUGAAGUUAUUCAGUUGAUCAUCUUCUGGUCAUUUUUAUAUCCAUUACUACCUAUUAUUUGUGGUUAUUAUUUUUCCAUUUCAGAUAGCUGAGUGCUAAGAGAAUUAGUUAAGUUUAAGCUUUUAUCGUGCAGAUUUCUCUCAAGUUCUAUCACUGAUUCGGAAUUAUUUUCCCCCCUUUCUUUUCGUCUUUUUGAAAAUCUGUCACAAUUUUAAAGAAAGUGAAAAAGUAAAAUAUGACAAAAAAUAAUAGGAGUCACCUUUGUACUAGUAAUCUAUAAGCUUGCGAACGAGGGAAAAAAUCUACCAAUAUCUGUAAUAAUGUGUAUUUUGCCCCUACCUUUUUUUUCGUUUCUCACCCUCUUUUUUGUAAAAUAAACUGACAGCUCGUUUCCCCGUGAAAUGUCCAUAAUUUGUUUUGUAUUCUUUUGUAAAAGACUUUUUGAGGAAAUAAUAUUUAUAAUUUUAUUAAAUAAAUUAUUUUCAUGUCUGUAAAUAUACCGAUAGUAAUUAUUUAAUUUAAAUAGAUAAUUGUAUUGUCCUUUCUUUGUUGUUGUUUUUAUUAUUAUUUAUUCUUUUUAUUCUUUUUUGCAUAAAAAAGGAAACAUUGACUAGGGGAAUAAGAAAUUGAGUUUACUAUUUGUUUUCUGUGGUAGGUAUUUUGUAAUAUUUUCUAAAAUGCGUGUUUCAGAUAAUUAGAAUCGAUACUAUGAGAUAUUACGAUAAGUAUUACGAUAAUUGUUGUAGGUAACAAGUUUUUGUGUAUAGUGUACGUUAAUCAUGGUAAAUAUCAGUCAUUAUGUAAAAUAACUACUACAAAAGUUUUGUUAUUUCAAAUAAAACUGUGAAGUAUACGUAUUAAAAAUAAAAAAUUCAACUUUUUAA